AUGUCUGUUCUAUCUGAUAACCACCCCUUGACGCAUAACAUACUGGGUUGUCAUCAUCACUUUCAGAAUCUAGCUACUCUCAAGAAAUCUAUCGUCUUCCAGUGGGUUCUUGCCCACUGUGGGGUACCUAGUAAUGAGAUUGCAGAUUAUCUGGCCAAAAAGGGUGCUCUGGUGGCACAGAGUAUUCCCCAUCGAAAACACCUUUUCAGAAUCGGAGUUGUGCCUGCCCACUGUGGGGUACCUGGUAAUGAGAUAGCAGAUUACCUGACCAAAAAGGGUGCUCUGGUGAAACACCUUCGAAAACAUCAUUUCAGAAUCGAAGUUCUUCCUUGCCCAUCAUGUAAUCUGAGUGGCUCUGGAGAGGACACGGACCGCGCCCACCUACUGCACUGUACGGCGCUUUGCAAGACCUCCCUCGCUGAGAAGCAUUGGGAACCUAGAGACAAUAUGGACUAA